AUGAAGAAGAAUCCCCUAGAAUCAAACAACACGCGAGAAAACCCCAAGAUACCUGUCAACCAAGACCUGUCGACAGUGCGCCCCAAGACCUGUCAACAGCGCGCCCAAGACCUGUCGACAGUGCGCCCCAAGACCUGUCAACAGCGCGCCCAAGACCUGUCGACAGCGCGCCCCAAGACCUGUCGACAGCGCGCCCCAAGACCUGUCGACAGCGCGCCCCAAGACCUGUCGACAGCGCGCCCCAAGACCUGUCGACAGCGCGCCCCAAGACCUGUCGACAGCGCGCCCCAAGACCUGUCGACAGCGCGCCCCAAGACCUGUCAACAGCGCGCCCAAAACCUGUCAACAGCCCGCCCAAGACCUGUCGACAGCGCGCCCCAAGACCUGUCGACAGCGCGCCCCAAGACCUGUCAACAGCGCGCCCAAGACCUGUCGACAGCGCGCCCCAAGACCUGUCAACAGCGCGCCCAAGACCUGUCGACAGCGCGCCCCAAGACCUGUCAACAGCGCGCCCAAGACCUGUCGACAGCGCGGCCCAAGACCUGUCGACAGCGCGCCCCAAGACCUGUCAAACGCGCCCAAAACUUUUCAGCAGCGCGACAGGAAUGGUGCUGCUUGAAGCGGCCGCCCGCAGGUCCCUAUAUCUACUAUAGAUCAGUUGGUCCAGCAUUUGUUUCAGGGUCUUGUCUAAUUGUUUCUGGAACACCAGCUCUGUGUUCCAGAACACCAGUACUGGAACACCAGUACUGGAACACCAGCUCUGGUUAG